AUGUCGCCGAAAGUCGCCGCUCUGACGAAAAAAAAUAUUCCGUUGAAAUUCAAUGAAACGAGAUCAAUUUUAAGCGAAGUUCUACGGUGCAACGCGUUUCACGAUAAUAUCGUGUUUGAAAAUUGCAUGCGAUUAUUGGCCGAAAGCGAGUCGAGCAGCAGGCAAAACGACGCCGAAAUUCUCGCAAAGAUUCGAUUUAGCGCUGUUGCGUAUAGAGCAUUGAAAAAUGAAGCGGAUAAACGGGCUAUUCUGGAGAAAUUAGCGAGAAAUGUCGACGUCGACAAAUGCAAAAUUGAUCUGAUUCGAAACGAAGCCAAGCUCUUUCGUGACUCUCUGUCGCCUUCUGAUACAAUUCCUGAUUGUUCAAAUUGUCUUAGCAAAAAUUAUGUUGUUUUGUGUUAUUUCUUGCGUGAGCUCGAACAGCGGAAUUUCAAGAAUAUCCGAGAGCUCGUCGAAAAUUAUGAUGUUGUCGAACUUGAAAACUACACAACGGAGAUUUUAGAAAUAGCGAAAGCUGAAAAAGUCAAAAAGGCGAAACUUCUUCAAAUGUUUCUCAAUCAUUUUUAUAAAAGGAAUCCGUUCUAUAUUUCCGAGGAAUUGUUCGAAACGACGCUGAAAAAAGUACUACAAUUCACACAAACGAAAUUCGAAAAAUUCGGCGCCGAAUGUCCAUUGCUCAAGCAGUAUCCUGAAGAGUUUCUGAGCAAUGACGAAAUUGAUUUACUCAAAGAAACGGUUGAUGAGCACGUGUUUUAUGGGAAUCAGGGUCAAUUAACGACAAAAGAAUUCAAGAAUGCACUAAAAAUGGUGGCCGACAAAAAGCGGCAAUUCAAAAAUGUGCAAGGCGAAAAUCUGAUUGUGGUCGAUUCGUUGAAUUUUGGAAAAGGUCAUGACGUCAAGAAUUUUUCGAUGCUGGAAAAAGAUUUCAAACAUGUAAUAAUGUCGACGAGAAGGCCUCCGAGAGCAAUAGCCAAUGACAUUCAUAAGCGAUUUAAUAGAAAUGUGAUCUACUGUGAUAAAACGUCCGCUGAUGAUAUUAUUUCGAUUCGAUGCGCGUGGGAGUUUGGUCCCAAAGCGAAACUCCUCACCAAUGAUCAUUUUCGAGAUCAUCGCACGAUAUUGCAGAAGAAUAAUGAUCCGGUGAAGCGAGACAAAUUGAUCGAAAUUUGGGAUCGCUGGUAUAUUGAUUCCAUUUAUAAGCACGAUGGUAGAAAUGUGGAGCCACGCCGUCGUUGGAAUGUGCGAAUUCGCCGUCAGCCGAAUGGCACAUGGCUUUUGCCCGUCGUAAGCACCUCCCCCGAAAUUCGCAAAUUCUCAUGGAUUCACAUUCAAUAA